AUGAAAAACCUUAUUGUAUUACUUUGCGCCAUUAGCUGCGCAUACGCCACAGUUUCGGACCAACAAGCCAGUAUUGUACGUAGUGAUUUUCAUCACGAUUCUGAAGGUGAAGGUUACCAGUUCAGUUUUGAGACAGACAAUGGCAUAGCAGCGCAAGCCGAUGGAAAAUUAACAGUUUUGGGCCCGAAUUCGACUGCUCAUCAAGUACAAGGAUCAGUCUCGUACACGUCACCCGAGGGUCAAAAAAUUGUAACAACCUACGUAGCUGACGAAAGUGGAUACCACCCUACGGGUGAUCAUCUUCCGGCGCCGAUGCCCAUCCCGGAGUACAUUGCUCGCGCUAUAGAAUACAUUGCUGCCCAUCCUUACAAAGAGGAAACAGAGAUUCAAGAUGACAGCGGAGAUAUGCAUGGGAUUUUACAGCAAUCAGUCAGCAAAAUCGUUCAUAAUGUUGGGAAAGCACUAGCUAAAAAAGCCUAUGUGAACAGAAAGGGUUACUAUUCUAUCAAAGUGCAAGUUGUCUGUGAUUCAAACUUGAAAAUCAGAGACAUAGUUGCACGUUGGAGAGGAAGGGCUCAUGACUCUCGAGUUUUCAACGAAAGCACAAUAAAAGAACGCUUUGAACGUGGCAAUUUUCACGGAAGAUUACUUGGAGACAGUGGAUAUGCAUGUACUGCAUAUCUCUUUACAUCUUUGCCUAAUCCUAGUAAUGACAAAGAGGAAGCUUACAACAGAGCUCAUGUUAGAACAAGGAAUACAGUCGAGAGAUGUUUUGGCUUGUGGAAACAAAGAUUCAGAUGCCCAUUAAGGGGCAUAUUUAUGAAACUAAGCACAGCGAAAACCACAAUUGUAGCAUUAGCAGUGCUACAUAACAUAGCGAUUGUAUGA